UUGUUUAUCCAGCGUGGGAAGCAUGAAACGACGUGGACAGUGUUGAGGAACUUUGGCUACGACAAUGCGCUCAAUCUUUGCACGGAGUAUUUGUAUCCAAGGCUGAACGUUCCUCAAGGCUGUUCCGCCGAAUUGAACUCGAAUGGUAUUAUGUUUCUUACUGCUCUGUUUCAGAAAUAUGAUGAGGACAAGGAUGGAUGCCUCAGCCCGGUUGAGGUGCAUAACUUAUUCAGCGUUUGUCCGUUGCUCACCUGGCCUGCGGAGACCUAUCGAAUGGUCGAAACCAACGAGAAGGGUUGGAUAACGUAUCAGGGAUUCUUAUCAUGCUGGAUGCUGACCACUUUGCUCGACUACAACCAGAUGUUCGAGUACCUUGCUUAUUUUGGCUACAAUGACGCCGUUCAUAACCAGACGUCAGCGGUGACGGUGACGCGUGACAAGCGAACGGACUGGCAGAAAAAAUUCACCGAACGAAACGUGUUUCGAUGUCAGGUUAUAGGCUCCAAAGAUGCCGGCAAGACAUCUCUUCUGCAGGGUUUCAUCGGUAACGAUGUACAGCGAAUGACCGCCGUUGAGAAAGCUGCACUGCCUCGCUUUACCGCGAAUUCCCUCAACGUCUGCGGACAAGAAAAAUAUCUUGUGAUGCACGAAAUCGAUGUCUUGGCACCCGAAGAAACUCUCUGCACGUAUGAGCUUCAGUGCGACGUAGUUUGCUUGGUUUAUGACGUUUCAAACCCGCAUUCCUUCGAGUACUUCGCAACAAUCUACAAGGCACGCUCGGGUUUUAAUUUUUCUGUUUCGCUUGCCAAAAACUAUUUCCACCGCACUCGCAUCCCUUGUCUCGUGGUUGGAACGAAGUGUGACUGUCGUGAAGUUCUACAGCAGUUUGAGUGUCAGCCAUACGAGUUUUGCAAGAAAAACCAUCUGCCUCCUCCUGUAAAGUACAGCGCAACGAUGACUCGCUCAUCGAACGUGUUCGUCAAAAUAGCGACCCUGGCCAACUACCCCCAUAUAAAGCAUAUUUAUUACCUCCACGACAGUUCAACUUGGUUGAAGUUCAGCGUAGCCGCAGCUGCCGCCGCAUUUGCCGGCUUUAUUAUAUUACGGCAUAUUUAA